GACCGAAUCCUCAUCUCUUUGUUCAUUCAUUCAUUCAUUCACUACCACUCUCACUUGGGGUUCAAGAUGAGAAUUUGUGGAGCAGGUAUGGUGUUCAUAUUUUGGAUUUCUUUUAUGUCUCUACAGUGUUUUAUUAACAAUUCAGUAUUAUCUUCAACCAGCAGUGCCUUUAGUACCACGUCCAGCUCAUUGCAAGUGUUCAUUUCUUCUUCCUUCUCUACUCCUGCCAAAACCAAGUUUCUACCCUCAAUUUCUAGAUUUUCUCUCAAGCGUUCCUGCUCCUUUUCACCAACCCGUCCCCAUUUUACUGUGACCAAACCCUUCAUGAACCUUUUCAACAAACUUGGAUUUGGCAGCGGAAGGGCAUCGGAGAGCCUGGAUUCAACCAUUCCUCAGGGACCAGAUGACGAUAUCCCAGCACCUGGCCAGCAGUUUGCUCAGUUUGGGGCUGGCUGCUUUUGGGGUGUUGAAUUGGUCUUCCAGAGGGUGCCUGGUGUGUCUAAGACAGAGGUUGGUUACACCCAAGGGCUUGUGCACAAUCCUACUUAUGAAGAUGUGUGUUCGGGGACCACAAACCACUCAGAGGUUGUAAGGGUCCAAUAUGAUCCCAAACAAUGUGCCUUUGAAAAUCUGCUUGAUACGUUCUGGUCUAAACACGAUCCUACUACACCAAAUCGACAGGGGAAUGACGUUGGAACGCAGUACAGAUCUGGAAUAUACUACUACACCCCUGAACAAGAGAAAGUAGCUAAAGAUUCUUUGGAACAACAAGAGAAAGUAUUCGGCAGGAAGAUUGUUACAGAAAUCCUUCCUGCCAAGAAAUUCUACAGGGCUGAGGAGUACCAUCAACAGUACCUUGAGAAAGGCGGUCGAUUUGGUUUCAAGCAAUCUGCUGCUAAGGGAUGCAAUGACCCGAUUCGAUGCUAUGGUUAAUAGUUAAUAAAAAAAAAACCGAGUUUACUGUCAAGGACCAAUAUAUAAAGUUCUUAAAAUGUUUGGAAGUCGAUAGUUUUAUCUGUUAAUACAUUAUCAUAUCAACAAAACUUGUGUUUACUGUAUUGGAGCUUGAAAAUGGGCAUAGGCUUGAAUUAGAGUUGUAUAUUGUCCUCUAUUAUAUGUAUAAUUUUGUUGUAAAGUACUAUGGAGCAAAUGAUGCAGAUCAUGUUUGUUUUGCUUUA